AUGAUAGUUUUGGAAUUGGGUGCACAUACGAUCGACGCGGUCCAAUUAUCUCUUCAAGAUGCUGUGUGCAAUGUUUCAUCUGUAAAUGCUUAUAUUAAAAACACAGUCGCUGAAGUAAGGCAGCACUAUAAAAUGAAAGAAACAGCAACAAUAAAUGGCCCUGAAGGAACUGUUUCCACAAAAACACAGGAGUCAUUGGUGCUUCUCGAAAGAGGUAUGGAACAGCUACGAGAUAACGUUAAGAAUGUAAACGAGGACUAUCUUGGUGACAUUGACCUGUGUACGCUGCUAACAACUCAGGUGGAGAACCUUCGUGCAAUCUCCCACUUCAAAAACGAGACUUUCACCGUUCUUUAGUAUGCUCAAGACUUUGGAACAAUUUCAAAGGAAUCUUUAAAGAGAACAACGAAGCGGGAUGCGAAGUACUUCACACUUGAGAAGUCUUAUUAUCCAGUGCCUAAAUCCAGUGUGGAGUUACGGGACGUAAAUGUGAUGAAACCUCCUUCAGCUGAUAACGUUGACCCCAACAUUGAGGCAGCCAUGAAGGAAUUGGUU